AUGACUGGACAUUCUCGCGCCGGCGCAGUGGCCAUCGGAGGCGAUAUCAUCGAAGUUGUCUCCCCAUUCAAGGCUGACACCACGGCCGGGAGACUGCUCAAGAAGCGAGGCCAAGGCGGGUACAUGAUCAUCAUGCAGACGUUGGACGCCGCCGCGAGGAGGGAGCACAUCGAGUCCCGGGGCCUCGCCAAGGUCAUCUUCAGCCACGCGCACGACGACGUCCAGUGCGUGCAGUACCAUCCGAAAGGAAUUGCCGGCGGGAUGAUGCCCGAACUAGACUCGCAUGCACCGUCGUCGACGAACCCUACUCCCCUUGAGAGUACGUUCAGUCCGUGGCACGCUUGUGGGACCGAGUAUGAGAAGUAUUCGAGCGGGAUGAGGCGCUGCUCGCACUUGAAGCUGCUCGGCGCCACCCUCCGUCUGGCGCCAGGUCAGACGGACGUGCAAGCCGCGGCGCAACAGUGGCAGGACUACUUCGGGGUCAGGCGGGAGGGGAGUCAGUUGAUGUUCACGAAUGCAAGGUUGAGCUUCGUUCCAGGAGUCGAGGGGGAAGCGGAGGGGUUGGAGAGCAUCACUGUUGAAGUCAAAGGGAAGAAGAGGUUCGAAGGAAUGUUGGAUAUCGCGAGAAAAGAGGGUCUUUGCGGGGAUGGUUGGACGAACCUGCUGGGCGUCAAGUGGUACUUUGUGCUCAGGGAGGAUGAGAAUGAAGAUGGUCGGAGUCAAAGGGGCAGCAGACUGUGA